AGGAAGUGAGAAAUAAUAAAAUAUUGCAGAACCCCUUUGUGUUCCCGUCAUCGAGAAUCCCAAAACCAAAAGGCAGUCGCAGGAGCGAAACCCAACUGAUGUUUUCCGAACUUUUGAUCCUCUGAUCACUCCUCCUCUCUGUAUUCUGUAAUGGCUGGAUCAUGGUUGGUGGAUGGUAAUAGAUUUGCCACAAAAAUCAAGAGUGCAUCUGGAAAGUGUGAUCAUGAAGGAGUUAAUUGGAAGAGCAACCCAUCCAGAGCGUGUCCAAACUGUCAGCAUGUUAUUGACAAUAGCGAUGUUACUCAAGAGUGGCCAGGAUUACCAAGAGGUGUGAAAUUUGAUCCAUCUGAUCAAGAGAUCAUAUGGCAUUUACUUGCAAAAGUCGAGGUAGAAAAUUUAAAGCCCCAUCCAUUUAUUGAUGAGUUCAUCCCAACUGUCUUAUCUGAUGAUGGAAUCUGUUAUGCACAUCCUCAGAAUCUUCCAGGUGUUAAGCAAGAUGGCAGUGCAUCACACCUUUUUCAUAGAGCUGUCAAGGCAUACAACUCUGGAACUCGAAAGCGUAGAAAGAUACAUGGUGAUGAUUUUGGUGAUGUCCGCUGGCACAAGACUGGUAGGACUAAACCAGUGUUCUUGGAUGGAGUGCAAAAAGGGUGUAAGAAGAUUAUGGUUCUUUAUGCGAGCACGGUAAAAGGAGGUAAGGCUGAGAAGACAAAUUGGGUGAUGCAUCAAUAUCACCUGGGAACCGAAGAGGACGAGAAAGAGGGGGAGUUUAUAGUUUCUAAAAUUUUUUAUCAGCAGCAACAAGCUAAGCAGAAUGAUAAAGCUGAACUGGACCUUCCUCAAAUAUCUGAUUCUGUGAUUGCAAAAGUUGAUCCAGUUACUCCUAAGUCUGUGACUCCUGACCCUCCUCAUACUGAAAGGAGAUCUUUAGAGUUUGACAAGGGGCAGAAGUCUACAACUAUUUUCCUGGAUACCAAUGCACAGCAUCUUGAGAUUGUUGAAAUAGAAGAUGAGGUUUUACCUGGAAGUGACCAGCCCAAUUUUGUGAUCGUUGAAAUAGAAGAUGAGGUUUUACCUGGAAGUGACCAGCCCAAUUAUGUGAAUCAACUUGAGACAGAUGAUCAUGAUAACCAAAUGCUUCAUGAAUCCAAGGCAGAAUGUCCUGGUAGUCGAGAAAGUGAUAAUGCUAAUCAUCCUGAGGAUCUUGAGAUUGUUGAAAUAGAAGAUGAGGUUUUACCUGGAAGUGACCAGCCCAAUUAUGUGAAUCAACUUGAGACAGAUGAUUGUGAUAAUCAAAUGCCUGAUGAAUCCAAGGCAGAAUUUCCUGGUAGUCAAGGAAAUGAAAAUGGUUAUCACCCUGAGGAAGACUCAAAAUGGUGGGACAGUGAAUCUCAGCAUCUGCUGAAUUCACAACAACUUGUGGAGGGUUUAUCCUUGUGUGAUGAGCUACUUCAGAGUCAGUCUCCAAGCAGGGGCGAUCGCGAUGGAAAAUGUAGAGAAUCCGAUGGAAAGCCCUGCCUUUCUGAUUAUGUUAAGUUGGGUGCUGAAGAAUUAAAGAAGGAUAUGGAGGUGUGCCAAAAUCUGGUUCUUGAUCCUGCAAACAUCGAACUCGAUACACCUCCAGAGUUCAGGCUGAGCCAGCUUGACUUUGGAUCACAAGAAAGCUUUCUUGCUUGGGGAGGGGACAAGGUGAUUGAUUAAAACUGCUCAUAAGAUCUCCAGUUUUGGACAUGGACAUGGACAUGAAAGGAGCAACUCUAUGUAGCUAUUUCUGUUCUUACACUUGUUAAACUAUGCAUGGAAGUUAAUGGGUAAUAUUUGUGGAAUGGUUUUGAAUUUGGGUAAUAUUUGUGGAAUGGUUUUGAAUUGUGCCAAGGAUGGUGAGUGAAACUCAUGUCUGAUGUCUUUAACUUAUGCUCUAAGUGUACUUAUUUUUGGAAAAUGGUCCAUUAAUCUCUUAAUUACUGCAUCAAAAUGCAGCUUCAACA